AUGCUUUCACCCGUACUGUCCCCACAACUUGAAACUCAAGAGAUAGGAUACAGUAGUUUUAACGAAAUUGACGAGCUCAAUGAGCUUAGCGAUAUCGAUGAUGCAAUACAAUCGACCGUACUUCCAGUUUCUCAAAAAUCCUUUACUGGUUGGGCGAAUAGUCAAAGUGUUUCGGUCGAAGAGCAAGAUAAAAAAAAUAGAGAAAUUGGUUUAAUUAAUGAAGAAUGGGAAAACGCGUUUUUAAGCAGAUUUGAAAACUUGAAAGAGGAGUUACAACGAUACAUUAUCAAAACUUCAAAAGGGACUAACCCAUUAUUAAAUAAAACAUUAUUUCCACCAGUCGAUAUACCAAAUAAACAAGAUGAAGCUGGGUGGUUAAAAUUUUGUUAUGGAUUAGAAAUGUUGAGUCAUGAACCAUUAGUAACAAAAGUCUCGGAAAAUAAAGAAAAUGAAAUUUAUGAAACGGCUGCGAUGAUGCUACCUUUUUUAAGUAUAAUAUCUCGAUUAGAUCAGCCUACAACAAUUGCUUUACUUUUUUAUCAUAUCAAAUGGUUAGACAGUGGAAUUACAAUUACAAAAUGUCAAUGGCUUUUUGCAUUGUUCGUAAAAGUUGAUAAACUUGUGACUCCAAAUCAAAUGGCGAUUCUUAGGAGUGUUUGUAGGAAAUGUAUUGAUAUUAGACAAAAUCUCGAUAUGUUGGAUGUAGAAGAUCCGAUAUUGGCCACUUUGAAUAUGAUUAUUACCAUUGUGAGAAGAUACUUUGGGCAAAGAGAUUUGGGAUAA